UCCAUCUCUCUAUGUUACUCCGCCCCUAGAUAUCCCUAGUUUGGCCAGAAGAGGUUAAGAGGGCGCUACAUCGUAGUGUGGCUCUUUAGUGAUAAUCAAAGAUCCUUCCUAUGGUUAGUCGAUUGUUCGUCUGGACGCCCGACAUUAAUGCAAUAUUUCGUUGGUUUUGGUCGAUUUCCAUCGACGGACAAGACCGUACCGUGACAGAGGCUGACGUUUCUUUAUCAGAGUUGAGACACAGUCGCAGAUUUGACUUUAUUAACAGCAAGCCGAAUUGUGAAGCCAAGAACUGUUCAGCACCAUGCCAGUUAUUGAAGAUGUCACAGACAAUGAACCACAGGGGAGUCAGGAUACUAGUCAGUCAGGGACCAGCAGCAGCAACCAGUCGGGGAAUGGCAGUCCAGGUGGAGGUUUCGCUGCAGUGACUAAUUAUCUUGCCAAUAACAAGCUAGACUUUUGCCUAUGGAUGUCUCGGAUCGUCACAGUAUUCUGCAGCUUGUUCUAUCUUAUACCAAUCUAUGGCCCCCAGUCGGCCCUGGGAUUCUACCAGCGGGCCAUCAUCUGUAACGGUCUGACCAGCGCACUACGGCUCCACCAGCGUCUACCAGCAUUCCAGUUCACCAGGGUCUACCUGUCGCUGCUCCUCCUGGAAGACAGCUGUCACAAUCUCUUCUUCUCCCUCAUCUUUGUCAACAGCCAUCCCAUCACAUUGGCAUUGACUCCGCCCUUCCUGUUUGCACUAUUGCAUGCAUCCAGCUUCACCAAGAAACUUCUCAACUUGCUGGGUCCCAGUUCACUGUAUCUGGUCCGUAAGCUGGUAGACAAGCUGAUCACCAACCAAAGCCAGAUACUACGCUUCAUUGCCCUGGAUGAGGUUAUUCUGAUGCCCUGCCUUAUAUUCAUGGUCUUUACGGGGCGGGUGAGUUUCCUGGUCCCCUUCAUGUACUUUAGAUUCUUGACGUUCCGCUAUGCAUCACGGAGGAACCCAUAUUGCAAGCAAAUAUUCCAUGAGCUACGCGUCGUGACCGAGAACUAUUGCAACAAGCCUAACACACCUCCAUUCCUCCGCAAUUUUCUGACAAAAUGCAUUAUGAUGAUCUCACGAUUUGCUCCUCCAAUACAAAGUCAGUAAACCUAUUCAUGCUCAAGUAAUGCUUUUGAAUAAAGGUGAGGUGGCUACAAGUCAAGUCCAUCACAAGUCCCUGCAAGUCCAUCACAAGUCAAUCACAAAAUCAUCUCAUCUUAACCACUCCCUGCCG